UUUCCUGCGUAUUCCUGGGACCAGCCUGGCCACACUGCACACAGGUUUCUGGUUUGAAGAGGGUCCUGCAGCAGUUGUAGGGAGACAAUCCAGGGCAGCCUUCAGUAGUUGCCUCAGGACGAGGACCUCCCGAGACAGCCAUGGCCCUCCCUCGGCUCCUCUGCGUGUGGCUGCUGCUCGCAGGGACCCACGGUGUGGAAGAUGGGGACAUGCGUCUGGCCGACGGGGAGAGCGCCAACGAGGGCCGCGUGGAGAUCUUCUACAGAGGCCAGUGGGGGACGGUGUGUGACAACCUGUGGGACCUGACAGAUGCCACUGUUGUCUGCCGCGCCCUGGGCUUUGAGAAUGCCACCGAGGCUCUGGGCAGAGCCGCCUUCGGGCCAGGCGCGGGCCCCGUCCUGCUGGACGAGGUGGAGUGCACGGGGACAGAGUCGUCGCUGGCCGACUGCAGGUCCCUGGGCUGGCUCAGGAGCAACUGCAGGCACAACCAGGACGCCGGCGUGAUCUGCACCAACGAAACCAGCAGCGCCCACACCCUUGACCUGUCGUAUGAGCUCCCUGCGGCUCUGGAGCAGAUCUUUGACAGCCAGAGGGGCUGUGACCUGUCCAUCAGGGUGAGGGUGAAGGACGAGGAGGAGGGGGGCCUGGACAUGUGCGGCCACAGGCUGAUCCUGUCCACCAACCCCGAGGCCGAGGCCCUGUGGAGGGAGCCGGGCUCCACGGUCACCCUGGAGGUGGACGAAGAGUGCCUGCCUGUCGUCAGAGACUUCAUCAGGUACCUCUACUCCCGGAGGCUGGACGUGUCCCCGGCGGCGGUGAAGUGCUUCCACAAGCUCGCCUCCGCCUACGGGGCCUGGCGGCUGCAGAGCUUCUGCUCCAGCCUCUUCGCCGUCCUUCUCCCCGAGGACGCCUCCUUCCAGACGCCGCUAGACCUCUAUGCCUACGCACGGGCCACCCGGGACCCCGUGCUGGAGGCGCUGUGCCUGCAGUUCCUGGCCUGGAACUUCGAGGCCCUGACGCAGGCCGAGGCCUGGCCGGCCGUCCCCGCGGCCCUGCUGCGGGCCCUGCUCUCCAGGAGCGACCUGGCCGUGCCCAGCGAGCUGGCCCUGCUGACGGCCGUGGACGCGUGGAGCCAGGAGACGCAGCCCCCGCGCGGCGAGCUGGAAGGCGUGCUCCGCGAGGUGCGGUUCCCCAUGAUGCUGCCCGAGACCCUCUUCGAGCUGCAGUUCAACCUGUCCCUGUACGGGGCCCACGAGGCGCUCUUCCGGGAGCAGACCCUGCGGGCCCUGCAGUUCCACACGGUGCCGCUCCGGCUGCUGGCCCAGCACCGGGGCCUGAACCUCAGCGACAGCGCCUUCCAGCCCCGGCUCUACACCUCGCCCGCCUGGAGCGCCAACGUGUCUCGAGAGGCCCGGGCCGCGGCCCCCCGCUACCCGUACAAGGCCUACUGGGCCGAGCCCAGCUACCGCUACAACCCCACCCGGUCCUUCCAGACCCCGCAGCACCCCAGCUUCCUGUUCCGCAGCCGGCUGGUCUCCUGGUCCGCCGCGCACCUCCCCACGGUGCAGAGCUGCUGGAACUACGGCUUCUCGUGCAGCCCGGACGAGGUGCCCCUCCUGGGCCUCUCCAGGUACGACUCCUCGGAUCCCACCAUCGGCUACCAAAACAAAGCCCUGAUGCUCUGCGAGGGCCGCUUCGUGGCCGACGUCACCGAUUUCCUGGGGCAGAAGGCCCUGAUCCCCGACGCCCUGGGCACCAACGGCUCCAGGAGCGCUUCCGUCUUCCCCUGCCGGUCAGGGGCCUUCAGCGGCUUCCAGGUGGUCAUCCGCCCCUUCUACCUGACCAACGCCUCCGGCCUGGCCUAGGCCGCGCGGAAGCCAGGCGCCUCCGGGCCGCCGCCUUCCCACCGCCGCCGGCUGCCACCGGCCACCAGAGGGCCCUCCCGCUUUCCCGGAUGCCUCUGAGCUCAGAGAAGGUACUGGAAGGUUUCAAUAAUUCUCACCACCCGGCACAGAAGUCCCAGCCCCCCCUCCACCCCCCACCCCACCCCUGCACCCCCCACCCCAUCCCUCCACCCUACCCCCCACCCCAUCCCUCCGCCCCCCCACCCCCCA